AAAGUUAUAAUUGUAAUGCUGCUCUCUGUAAUUACAGAUUUAAUACCUUCGUUUAUUCGUCACGGGCCAACUAUUCCAAGGCGGACUGAUGUUUUAGUUGAGUCGGGAACAUCUGCCUAUGCCUCGGCUGAUGUGGUUUCCCGAAACCAAAGCUUCCUGCGAGGUCCCGUCCAAAGGCCGGCACGCGAGAUCGUCCGACGUGAGAGUAACCGACCUCCGGGACCGUCCUACGUCCCACGCAACAUAUCUGAGGUGCCUCGAGAGUAUGGCGUCUCGACACAGACCUUCCUAGCUGAAGCCACCUCUGAAAACGGCGAUGCCAGCCAGCCGGCUCAAUACUACUACCCUGACCCAUAUUACGAAGAUGGGCAGAGGCGGCGGCAUUUAGCUGAGCGCUUCCGCGAUGACUAUAGAUACUACGACCACACACCUGAUCCUUUUGCGCGGAUACCACAGGGGCAAGGGAGAUUUCCAGCAGGUAUCGGGCGAGUUGCGUCGACAUCGGCGGGGAACGUGACGAGCCACGCUGCGGACGAGCUGCCGCUCCCCCUGGGCUGGUCGGCCGACUGGACCAUCCGCGGCAGGAAAUACUACAUCGACCACAACACCAACACCACGCACUGGAGCCACCCGCUGGAACGGGAGGGAUUGCCGCCUGGCUGGGAACGCGUGGAAUCACCAGAGUUUGGUGUUUACUAUGUGGAUCAUAUCAACAAACGGGCCCAGUACCGGCAUCCCUGUGCUCCCAGCGUCCCCCGGUACGAUCAGCCUCCAGCCCUCCUCCCACCCGUCACCUACCAGCCACGGCAGACCCAACGCAACCAGCUGGUGCCCGCCAACCCCUACCACACGGCAGAAAUCCCAGACUGGCUGAAGGUCUACGCCAGGGCUCCGGUCAAAUAUGAUCACAUUCUGAAGUGGGAGCUCUUCCAACUGGCAGACCUGGACACUUACCAAGGCUUGCUCAAACUGCUGUUCAUGAAGGAACUGGAAAGGAUUGUCAAGUCCUACGAGGCGUACAGACAAGCUCUCCUGACUGAGCUUGACAACCGCAAGCAGAGACAGCAGUGGUACGCACAGCAUCACAGCAAGAACUUCCCCCCAAACGCCUGACUGUGUGUGACUGUGACUUGACCUUCCUGACACUUACUGUGUUUGCGGUGAAGAUGCCAUUCGCUUGGAGAUGAUGGCCUCUACAUGUUUCUGUAUAUGUUGGACUUUCUCUCUCCCGGUUUUAGACACGUACACACUGCGGCAGGCAUCCAGGAGCGCCCGCAUAGCUUUAAACGUGGAGAGUUUGGUUAAAUAAGCUAAAGCAUCCAACACUAUAACUCCAAACGAGUACACUAACAUGUUUACAGAUGAAGCCAAACUCUCGAGGGUUUUGUGGUGAACAUUUGAUCUCAUGGCAUGGUUAUAUGCCGAUUUUAAUGGUCAUUGCCACAUUUUUAACACUACAAGUUUGACAUUACACUGUGCUCCCAUGGGCUUUUUUUCCUUCUUACUUUAGCUCCACAGAUUGCAUCCAGUGAGAACACUUUGUAGCCCGGGUGUUAUGUGGCACUUUCAUUCGGCUGGUUUAGCAGGUGGUUUAUUUAACUGACUAGACACACAUUACUUCACCAUUCUCUUGCAAGUAAAUCAGGGAAACGACGGAGGUUAUUUGAACUCUUUUUACUCACGAGCUGAAGCAUUUUUGUACAAGUUGUAACGUUUUGUACAAUUACAGACUGGUUAGCAAGUCUGAAUCUUCAUAGAUGCCAGGCUUUUCAUACAACAUUGAAACUUCACACUGUAUAUAUGGUUCAGCAUUUCAGCAGUAUAAAGAUUGCUAUUUAUUAAUUAUUUUAGUGCAAUAAUAUGUAUAAACUUGCAUAAAUUCCAAUAAACGUUAUAAAUGAUUCAAUAUUAUUCAUCGGUUCAUUCCUCGUAAUUGAGAAUUUUUCCAUCAUUUUUUUGAUUAUUAGACUUGCUUAUUGUCUUAUGCAAAACCAAGGGAAAAAAUAUAUAUUUCUGUUACUGUAAUACUUUGUGGCGAAUGGAGUUGUAAAUUCUUUUUAUUAAAAAUUGUGUUAUUCUUGCAGUUUUACUGUAA